AUGCGCCGCCGCCGAAGUGACCGGCAACCGCCGCCGCAAUCCUUCGGCGCCACGGCUCGCCCAAGUUCCUCACGCUCGUUCGCCUCCACUCCUGCCUCCGCUGCCGCAGUCGCCGCCGACCUGGACGAGCUGCUGCUGACGGCGCCGCCGCCGUCCGCGUCGGAGCCCCGGAGCUUCUCGUACGCGGUGAAGCAGCAGUGCUGGGAGAAGGCGGAGCGGGUGCCCGGACGCGACCCGGAGAGGUGGCGCCGCGAUGCGCUCGGCAACAUCGUCUUCCGCAAGCUCGUGGGGUGUCCCGGCUGCCUCUGCCACGACUACGACCACAUCGUCCCCUACUCCAAGGGAGGGAAGAGCACAUUGGAGAAUUGCCAGGUUUUGCAGGCUACAGUGAAUCGAUCUAAAGGCAACAAGACUGAGAUAUCCAAAUCUGAGCUCAUACAGAAGAGUGCAUAUUGUAGGGUUUCAGGACGGGACAUGGAUCUUGUUGAACUCUCUGCCUAUGGAAAUGUCCGGCGAGGGCCAGAUUCAGGGGGCUGCAAAAUCCAAUGA